AUCCGCCAGCUAAGAAAAUCAUGUGCGAUUUACUCAUACUUUUUCAACUACGGCUUAUUGUUUCUGAAAUAGAUUCGAAAUCCUUUUGGUUCGUGGUUGAUUUGUUAUAAAAGUGUUUAAAAGGGGUGCUCACAUCAGGUCGGCAGCUGAGAUACAGCAGAAGGUAACAUAGGUGAUUAGAGGAGGUGUCCUUACCUGUGGCUCUUGAUGGAGGUGGAUGGAGAUGAAGGGGACGAGAAGAGGUCCCUGCCGCGUGACCCCCGUUCCUUCAGGGACAAGUAUCCCCCCGAGGUUAGGGAUUGGUGGGAAAAGGUGCUCAAGGACCCAAGGCAUAUCGUGGCCCCCAUGGUAGAUGCGUCCGAGCUGGCCUGGAGAAUGUUGUCCAGAAGAUACCAGGCUGACCUCUGCUUCACACCAAUGUUGCACAGUCGAAUUUUUUCGGAAAAUGUGACGUAUCAAACGGAAAACUUAUACAAGGAUGUAGACCCGGCGGAUCGACCACUGAUUGUGCAGUUUUGUGGCAAUAAUCCUGAUGUGCUAGUAAAAGCGGCUGCACUUGCGAAGCCGUACUGCGAUGGUAUCGAUAUUAAUUUAGGUUGUCCCCAAAGAAUAGCAAAGAAUGGACAUUAUGGAGCCUUUCUAAUGGAAGAAUGGGAUCUAAUUGCCACAAUGGUUAGAAGAAUACGAGAAGAAGUUUGUAUACCAGUUAGUUGCAAAAUCCGAAUUUUUCCAGACGUUAAAAAAACUAUACAAUAUGCUCAAGCACUAGAAAAGGCAGGUUGCUACAUGCUUACAGUUCAUGGACGAACACGCGAGCAAAAAGGGAUGGACACAGGAAUUGCAGACUGGUCUUAUGUCAAAGCUGUCAGAAAUUCAGUCAAUAUUCCUGUCGUUGCAAAUGGAAAUAUCCAAUAUCUCCCCGACGUUACAAAGUGUAUUAGCGAAACAGGCGUGGAAGGGGUAAUGAGUGCCGAAGGGAACUUGCACAAUCCCACAAUAUUUUCUGGAAAUAAUCAUCCCAUAACCUGGGAAUUGGGACUUGAAUAUUUGGAUUUAGUGAAAAAGUAUCCUUGUCCAUUAAGCUUCGCGAGGGGACAUUUAUUUAAAAUUUAUCACCAUUUGUUAACAAUUCCAGAAAAUAGCGACAUUCGACAAUCCCUUGGAAGUUCAAGUUCAUUUGAUAUCCUUCUACAAGUGACACUAGACUUGAAGGCGCGGUAUGAAAAAUAUACUACGGGUCAAGCUAAAUGGAUUCCUCCACUGGAUCCACCUGAAAUUGCAAAAUUACCCCUACCACCUUAUAUUUGCCAACCUUAUGUCAGACCUCCAAAAAAGCCCCAACCUGAUCCCGGACUAUCAGGCGACUUAUGCAAUAGUCCUGUAGGAAGUAAACGAAAACUGAUUAUUCCCGACAGCCUUUUAGCAUCGAUACCCUCUGGAACUAAAUUAUCCAAUAAUAAGUUAAAAAAGAUGUCAAAAAAGCCAAACAAAAAUUGGGGUCUGCAAAAGAAUCCUGUGAUACUCUGCUUAAACUGUGUUAAUCCACGAGGGUUAACAUGUGACUUUACCCUAUGUAGAAGGUGCUGCAGAGCAAAAUGUUAUUCAGAUACUUUGGAUUGCAAAGGACACAAAACAUUUAUACGACAACAUCGAGAGUCUUCGAAAAGUAGUUUCGAAAGACUUGAUGAUGAAAGUUGAUUUAAGCAAAAAUAGUUGUCUAAUAAGGCAUGCAAUCACAUAUCCCAUAAGUUUGGUAUGUUUAAUUAUCAUAGUACGCACUUUAUUACACUCGUGACAAAUAAUAAUAUAAUUAGUUACUGAAUAAACUCUAACUUACUACGUUUUAAAAUA